GUAAACAACAACAACACACCUGCCGCCGCCCAGCUGAUCCUGGCGUCCCUGCAUUCCACGGCGAUUUUUGUUCCUUUCGAGCAGCCACAGGAAUGAUUGAAGGAUAAAUGGCGAUCACCGUCAAGCCAUAGCUCUACGACACCCCUAGAAGUGACCUGAGUGUGAGGGAAAGGAGAGAUGAGCUGAAUUGAAGUACACAGCGGUGAGUGAUGGUGGCCCUGGGUAGCCUUGGACGUUAUCGUUGGCUGAGUGGCACGUCCCUGGUGCUUCUCUCAGCCGACCUCACUCUCAACGCCCUCUUCCAGGUCUUUACUUACAACCACCUCCUUACACUCCUCAUAUACAUCAUUCAAGAUGUGUGCCUUAUAUUCUCUCUCAUCCUUCUCUGCCUUGCUCUGUUCUCCACAUCAUACUCUCAGGCUGGACUUGUUGGUGAGCUGGUGCAGAGAUUCCUGUGGUGCAUCUGUAAUGCCGUCAUCUACCUUGGCCUCUCCCUCGGGUUCCACUCCUGGUCACUGAAGGAAGCGUGGCAGAAACCUGAUGUUUAUAUAUGGACACACGGCAUGGUCGCCCUCUUUGUCGUUCAGAGGACAGUUGGCUGUUUGCACUACCACCUCUACAAGAAGACAAUACUGCAGCUGUCGGACAAAAGUUUCUACAGCACACUUGCCGUUGCUGUCUACUAAUAAUUCAUGAUCGUGUAUUAGGCUGUAUUCGCCAAUUCAGACACACCCUCCCAAUCAGUACUCAUAGCAGGAUAAUUUAUUGAGGGGCAGUGGUCUAGGGGGUUUUAGCAUAAAGAAGUGAAGAGCUGAAGUGAGGCUGUUUGAACCACUGCCGCUGCGUGAUGCCAGGAAGGGAAUCUGAUCCUAAACCCCUAGAGAAAAACCCUAUAAGAACUUGAGUAAAAACUGUCACGAGGAAGCAGGAUAAUCUACUCUCUGGAAAUUUAAGCCAAGGUAUGAAAAUUAGUAAUCAAAAUGAAGGUUGAUAAGCAGUAUUUUGGCAGUAUAGUAAAUUUUUAUACCUCAGCUAAGUUUUCAAAUCUUCUCUCUCUCUCUCUCUCUCUCUCUUGAUAUGAGUACUUAUUUGAAAUGGUGUGUACUAAUUAGUUAACAUAUCCUAAGCACACAAAAUAUCUGGGAGGGCUUAGCAAUGUAAGGCAACUGUGAAAAUUACUGUGAUUUAAAGUAUUUAAUGUUUUCAAAUACAGUGAUAUCUUGGAAUAGGAUAUUCAUCACUGCAGGAUGUUUUAUAAUUUUCUAAAUCAUGGCAUUUUGGGAAAAUACCUCUAUUACUCCUGUUGUGCCUCUGUAUCUUUCCGUCCACACCAUUACCUAAGAGUUUUCAUGGUAUUGGCCUUUUAUAAUUAUUAUAUAUGAAUCAUAUCUGUGGUAACAUCAUACAUCACUUAUAUAUUAUUGUCAACUAUUAUUCAUGCAGUGUAACAUGCAUAGUAUCACAAAAUUUACACUUAAACCAUUUACUGGCAUGUGGGACCAAAGAUGAAAAAGGUUGCUAUAUGAAUCUCGACUCACGGCCAUCACCAUCAUCAUCAGUGGCAGCAGCAGCCAUGGACAGAAUUGAGAUGACUCUUGGUGAAGGAAGUCAUCAGGUUAAAACAGUAAAAAAGCACCCCCCAAGUAAUAUUCAGGUUAUCAGUGCUGCCAAAUCUCACCCCUAUACUCUGUUCAUAAUAGCUAUAAAAUCAAGCACCUUGCCCAUUACCACUAAACAAUCCACAGGCAAGCCAUGUCCGUUUAGCUCAGGCUGCAUGUGACUGGUGGAUGCUGGGAAAGGCUGAAUCUUAUUGGUGGUUCCUGGGCUGGCAUGGAGGAGUCUUAUUUUCAUUCUCAUCAUAAAGAGGGUAUUCUAGUCACUAAGGGCCAUUUAUAGUCCAACAAAGCGUCGUCAUAAGCAUCCAACCCAAAGUAUACUAUCCAUGUUUGUCAGGCAUUCUACUAAGCACCAGACUCCAGAUAUUCCAUAAAGUAUCCUUGAAUUUGUGAUCCAUGUGAAUACCAAACUCUAUACAAGUUUUAGGUUGUCUUUGGUUUGUGAGCUUACACACCCAUUGUAUUGGACUGUGGAACUGGCCCUUAGUAAAUCUCACUCACUCUAGUCAGCAUCGUCUAGUCUUUUCUGCUGCUACUGCUGUCGCUCACUUCAUAUUUUACUUGCACCAUCACCAUUUCUUUUUGUGACAUAUUGCUUUAAGUCACUUCAUAGUCCUUUUUCCCACGUACAUAUCCUCACCUUAGUUCUUUGCAUCUUCACUCACAGAAUCUACUAACUACCCCUUAUUAUCUGCCUUCAUCUAGAUUAUGUGAUAUGACCUGUUAUGUAAAUGGUGAUAUGGCCUAAAAAGAAUCUCACAUAGUACAAAGAAUAUAUGUAGGUACCUGUCUGCACACUCCAUAUUAGCAUACACCAUUCCUCUCGUACUGUAUAACCACCACCACCGUUACUACUGCAGCUACAUCUAUUAUUUGCUACUGCUGAUAUACUAAUAGUGCCAAUAGAGCAGCUAUGGGGAAUAUCAGAUAUAAAAGAAGAGACAUAUCAGAACCAAAGAUAGUAUUUUGAAAUCCUGUACA